AUGAUACUGGAAACCCUGAAUCUGAUGCAUUCCAAUAUCACCAGCGUGGUGCCAGAAGUGAUGCCAACUGCCACCGUGCCCAUACUCCUCCUCAUGUGCUUUCUUUUCCUAAUCUGGAAUUAUGAAGAAACAUCAAUACCAGGGCCUGGUUUCUGUAUGGGAAUUGGUCCCCUCAUUUCACAUGGCAGAUUCCUUUGGAUGGGAAUGGGAAAUGCCUGCAACUAUUACAAUAAGAUGUAUGGAGAAUUUAUGAGAGUCUGGAUCAGUGGAGAGGAAACACUCAUUAUUAGCAAAUCCUCCAGUAUCUUCCAUGUAAUGAAACAUGGGCAAUAUAUCUGUAGAUUUGGAAGCAAGCUUGGGUUACAGUGCAUUGGCAUGCAUGAAAAUGGUAUUAUAUUUAAUAAUAACCCAGCACUCUGGAAAGAAAUUCGACCUUUUUUCACCAAAGCUUUGUCUGGUCCAGGUCUCGUGCGUAUGAUAGCAAUUUGUGUUGAAUCAACGAAAGACCAUCUGGACAGAUUGGAGGAUGUGACUGCUGGACUGGGAAACAUCAAUGUGCUGAAUUUUAUGAGACAGAUCACACUGGACACUUCUAACACACUCUUUCUAGGGAUCCCUUUGGAUGAAAAUGCCAUUGUGCUUAAAAUUCAGAACUACUUUGAUGCUUGGCAAGCACUUUUGCUGAAACCUGACAUCUUCUUUAAGAUUUCUUGGCUGUACAAGAAAUAUGAAAAGUCAGUGAAGGAUUUGAAAGAAGCAAUUGAAGUCUUAAUAGAACAGAAACGACAGAGACUUUCCACUGUUGAAAAAUUGGAAGAGCACAUGGACUUUGCAUCACAACUGAUUUUUGCACAGAGCCGUGGAGAUCUGACUGGUGAGAAUGUGAACCAGUGUGUGUUGGAGAUGAUGAUAGCUGCACCUGACACACUGUCUGUGACUCUCUUCUUCAUGCUAGUACUGAUUGCAGAGCACCCUAAAGUGGAAGAGGAUAUGAUGAAGGAAAUCCAAGCUGUUAUAGGUGACAGAGACGUACAGAGCAAUGACAUGUCGAACUUAAAGGUUGUGGAGAAUUUUAUUAAUGAGAGUAUGAGAUACCAGCCAGUUGUGGAUUUGGUCAUGCGCAAGGCUUUACAAGAUGAUGUAAUUGAUGGCUAUCCUGUGAAAAGGGGGACAAACAUCAUUCUGAACAUCGGACGUAUGCAUAAGCUUGAAUUCUUCCCAAAGCCUAAUGAGUUUUCUCUUGAAAAUUUUGAGAAGAAUGUGCCUUCUCGCUACUUUCAGCCAUUUGGAUUUGGCCCUCGUGGCUGUGUCGGAAAGUUUAUUGCCAUGGUAAUGAUGAAGGCAAUCCUGGUGACUCUUCUGAGACGGUAUAGAGUACAGACACCAAAAGGAAGAGGCCUUAAGAACAUCCAGAAAAGCAAUGACUUAUCCAUGCACCCGAAUGAAAGACAGCCCUUCUUGGAGAUGUUUUUCAUCCCAAGAAGAAAUGUAGACAAGUGUCAGGAUGACUAACAACAGAUCGCUAGUUGUCUCAGAGCUAAGAUUUCUGCUGUUCUAGUCACAUUCUGAGAAAUAUCCACCCCUCCUAGGUGCUGUCACGCAUACUCUGAACUAAACAUUUUGUUGCUCUUAGAGCAGCUAUGCAUUAAGUGAUCACUUGUUCUGCUGCAAAGCAGGACCACAUUCUGGUCACUAUUCAAAACUGAUAAAUAAGUUCUAAGUAUAUAGACAAGUGCUGUUUUCAGUUGAUGAGAUGUUGCAUACAGAAACUGUUACUUUUUUUAAAACAUCCAAUUCAAACAGAAUUCUGUUCUGCUUCUCACACUAUGCAAGUCCUGAGUGCUCUAUGCCUGCAGACUUGCAUGAUAUGGUUGGGGUUUGUUUGGGGCGGCGGGAUUGUUUUGUUUUGGCAGAGCUGGGCCCCACAAGAAGCAUCAUCAGCUGUUGUUAUAACAGCUCUAAUUAUCCGUCAUCCAAAAACAUUUUAGUGAACGCUACUAAUGUUCAUGUAAAGUAUGAGAAACAUUGGGAAAUGUAUGAACUGUAGCUAUCUAUCUAUAUACAUCUAUAGCAAUUACUAA